GCAAUAUGGCAUCUUCCAGGGGUGACGGUUGGACCGGCCCGGGCUGGCGGCGGCCCGGUAUUGUGGCCGCCACCGAAGGAGCUUACCCCUCGGAGGCGGAAGCUGGGGCCGAGGGCCUGUAUGUGGCUGUGGAGCGCUGCCCUCUUUGUAACAGCACGCGCCGCCGCUUGACCUGCGCCAAGUGCGUCCGCAGCGGCGACUUCGUUUUCUUCGAUGGCCGCGACUCUGAGCGGUUUUCUGAAAAAAAAGAGAGACUAAAGCACCUUAGAAAGAAACAGCAUGAAUUCCAGUCUCAGUUGUUAAAAGCUAUGGAGGGGAAGCAGAUAAUGGAUCAGCUGAGAUGGAAAAUAAUGUCAUGCAAGAUGAGAAUUGAGCAGCUGAAGCAAACAAUAUGCAAAGAAAAUGAAGAAAUAGCAAAAAAUUCUGAGUGGCUUCUUAGGAUUAAAGAUGAGAACCAGAAGCUUUACCGAAGGGCUCAGCGCCAUCAGGAGAAGAAGGAGAAAAUCCAGAGGCACAAUCGCAGGCUUGGAGAGCUGGUAGAGAAGAGGAGCUAUGACUUGAGAAGCCAUCAUGAGCAACUGGCAAAUCUCCGGCGGUCACAUGUCCUGGAAUUAACCUCUGUUAUAUUCCCUAUUGAGGAAGUGAAGAUUGGUAUGAGGGACCCCACAGAUGUAUCUUCCGAGAGUGACAGUGUCAUGACAUCUAGCACUGUAAGCAAGCUUGCAGAAGCCAGGAGGACCACCUACCUUUCUGGGCGAUGGGUGUGCGAUGACCAUAAUGGAGACACCAGCAUUGGCAUUGCAGGGCCUUGGAUAACCCUUCCCAAUAAUGGGGAUUAUUCUGCUUAUUACAAUUGGGUAGAAGAGAAGAAAACCACACAAGGACCAGACAUGGAGCAUAACAAUCCUGCUUAUACCAUCAGUGCUGCUUUGUGCUAUGCAACUCAGCUGACUAACAUUUUGUCACUUAUACUGGAUGUAAACCUUCCCAAAAAGCUAUACAACAGUGAGUUCUGCGGAGAAAAUCUCAGCAGGAGGAAAUUCACCUGGGCAGUGAAAAAGCUAAAUGCCAAUAUACUUUACCUUUGCUUUUCUCAGCAUGUCAACCUAGAUCUUCUGCACCCUCUACACACUCUCAGAAACCUGAUGUACUUGGUCAGUCCUGAGACAGAACAUUUGGGAAGGUCUGGACCAUUUGAGAUCAGUGCUGAUUUGGAAGAUUCCAUGGAGUUUGUGGACCCCAGCGGUGCCGGUGAAACAGAUGAGAGUGGAGAUGAGCACAUAAGUGAUGAAGAAACUGACCUUGGAACAGACUGGGAGAACCUGCCCAGCCCACGGUUCUGCGACAUCCCCUCCCAGCCAGUAGAGAUGCUGCAGAGCCAGAGCACGCAGGCUUCACAACCGAUAGCCAGCAGCAGUGCCGGUGGCAUGAUCUCCUCAGCAGCAGCCUCAGUUACCUCUUGGUUUAAGGCAUACACUGGGCACCGCUAAGAAAGAAUUGGACCUCUGUGUAGGAAAUUCCCUAUUCUGACCCCCCAUCGCUGCAGUAGACUCUGUAUUCAGUUCAGUAGUGCCUGGAACAAUGGCGGUCCGGCCUCCAUUUGCAAAAGAAAAUCCAGAAACUCUUUAUUCGCCCAAGCUGUAAAUUCCUCCCAACAUAUAUUUUCAGACACCUGCAAUGGGACUCAGCAGUUUUGAGUCACUGCCUUUUUUUUCUUUUUGUGCUGAAAAGGAAAGAAUUUUACCUGCACAUUUAAUUUCUAGUUUAUAUUUUCUCAAAGAAACUAAGAAAACAGACUUUGGGUAUAUAACCUGGCAAUCAUUUGAAGCAUGGAGACAAGAAGAGAAUCGUGGAAGAAAGCAAUCUGACAGUCAUGCAAAUGCUUAAGUCUAUUCUGCUCAAUCAGUUCUAGCAAAGUCCUUGGACUUUUUUGUCUUUUAAAGUGUGCAUUAUUCACAAACUUAACCACACAAAUGCACAUUUCAGGAACCUUCUGGCAAAUGAUGCUUUUUUAAUGAGUUUCUAAACUCUGUUGCCAUAAAUUUUAAUACAGAAAAUUAUCUUUUUUUUUUUUUUAAGAAAAAACUACUGGCGAUAAUUAUGUCUUUUUUGUAUGUGUUGCAUUCAUCCAUUAGUAGAUCUUUCUGAAUGUUUUUCACCGUGAGCCAUCCAGAGUUCCCAGGCUCUUUACUCUAGCUACCAGACACCAAAGAAAGACUGGGCCGUAAUAAUUUCCCAAUAUAGAGCAACUCUACUGCAGUCAUAAGGUUUGUUUUUUCACAAAUUCUUUCAUGGUGUGGAAGCAUACCUCCCUUGCAGUUUGGUUGUGUGUACUACAUGUUCUCUGUCUUUGGGAAAGCUGGCACUCCUGAGAUGAGAACACGAGGACUUAUCCUCCUUUUCAUGUCCAGUUAUUGGAUGUAGCAUGUUGUACAUAGGACUUCAAUCCAUUGUGAUUUUGUUUUGGAGGGCGUUUGGAAGUAAAAAAGCUUUCCAUUUGCAAUGUAUUCUUCUUGUCCAUCCUCCUUUGAGAUGCUUCCUGGGCAGCAAAGCAGUCCACGUGAGUCUGUUGAUGUUUCUCUUUCUCCACAUGUGGUGGCUAUCCAUGCUGAGACCAGAACUUGGGAGUUAGGCAGUUUUGCAUCAUUCUUCCCAUCAAAAAGGAUAAAGGAUAUGUCUUGCAAGUCAGACUUACUUAAGGAUUCAUCACACAUGUCUUUCAGUACCAUUGUAUCUUUCUUGAUCAUAAGAAUUAUUGACUCCCCCUGAGCAUAGCUACCAAACCAUCUUCUGUGGAACUCAAGUAAGAAAAUCCUCUGUAACCAACAGUUCUGUGCACCAAUUGCUUAUAUUGUGACACAGUAAGGAAAAAAUGGCAUAUGCUCACUUGCUCCUUCAUAAAGCAGUUUCUGUCUUCAUAUUGCCUAGUGGUCCAAAAUACUGGCUAGGCAGCUGUAGCUUAUUUUACAUCAUUUAUACGCUGCCCCAUUUGUGGAUUCUGGGUGGCUAACAUUUAUAGUUAGUAUGUAAGUCACCCAUUCCUAGCAUUGUGAGUUUUUGAUGCUUUUCUGCCUUAGAGACAGUUCAGCCUUUCAGCAGAGCAGGUACUGCUAUCAUGUGGCAUAUCCUGUCUUUUUUUUUUCUUCAUCAAAUAAUUUUACUAAGAAUUAUAAAUGAAAAGAAUAAACGCCAAUACAGAAAAAUACACAAGAAAAGAAAAGAGUGUGAAAAAGAAAAAAAAUAGAAAAAGGAAAAUAAUACCCUGUCUUGAAGAACAUGCUCCCAAUGCUUGUCAAACAUUAAUGCUUUGGAGAUUUUAUGUUGGGAGCAUUUUCCUGCAUUACAGAGAGAUUGCAGUCUUGCAAGAACUUCUGAAUUGGCUCUUGGCAAAUCAGUUCUAUUAAGUGUUUCUAUGAUGGUCUUCUAUUUGAGCCUGGAGUGGGUAUAAUGGAAUACAUAAGAAUUUGAGUAACUUUGCUAUGCAGAUUUUUUCCUGCCAAAUAGGAACUUAUCUGGAGGAUAGGAAAUCUACUCCUUUACAUUUCUGUUGCUAAACCAAAGAUUCCUUUAGUUAAGUGUUUUGAUUUAAAACCCAGGUGAUGUGAUUUUUCCAUUCAUAAGACUUAGUAUAGAAAGACAGUAAUACUAUGAUCCACACGCAUCAUUAUUGGCUUCUGUGGAAGCUAUAGUGAUUUAUAAAAAAAUGGAAGUGAAUGGAAUUGUGAAUGACUUUGGGCUUUGUCUCAAUGAUCUUUAGUAACAUGGAUUGUCCUCUUACCUGUGUGUGUUAAUGAAAUGGGAAAGUUGUUAGAAGAAAGGCACUUUAUUGGUUGCAGGUGAGAUGAGCUGCUUAACGUUGUGACUGCUGGAAAAAUGGAGGGUGGGCUCUCAACACUGUGUAAAUAUGUUUGUGUAUUUCCUUUUCUUCUUCUGUUGUGUGUUCUUUCUCCUGCUUAUUUCUGAAUAUAAACACAUGGAAAUCAUUUCUAGUGAACUGAGACAAAUUUAAAAGCCAGUAAGCCAUGAAUCCUUUUUGCUUGUCAGUUUCAACCUCUUAAAAUGGUGCCUCUCUCCUUCAAGAAUGGAGCAUCGCUUUGGAGGCUGCCAAGAGGCAUCCAACUUGUAAUAAGGUAGGGUGCUGCUCCCUUUCAAGAAAAGAUUUUUGUAUUUUUUUUAAUGUUUUUACACUUCUAGAGCUAUCUGGAGAAGCUCUGAAUAUGUUUCUAAAAUUACAGUGCAAAAGAGAAACAUUCUGUUUAAUGGAUGGCAAAGACAGACCACCCAUUGAUGGGUAUCCUGGGUUUACAUAGCUAAUUGAGCAUUUUGCAAGAUGUUACAGUGUCACAAAGGCAGAAGUUGUACAUUGAGGCCCAAGAAUCUCAAAAUGCUUAGUGGGUUAUUACAAAUACAUAAAUGGUUUGCUGUCUGAAAAUUGGCCCUCCAAACAGAAGGAUUGCUAUUUGAGUACCCCUAAAUCCAUAGCUUCAUGACCUUGUGGUGCCACUUUCAAACUAGUAGUCCUAACUAAAUACAGACUUGUGUUUUUAAAAUUGUAUUACUGCAAUAAAUCUUUGUUGUUGUUUU